AUGAACCUUGAGCCCGGUUAUAGCCUGUAUAAUACAGCGGUCUUUUCAUCUGGCACCUUGAAUUCUUCGGGUAUCAUCAACGAGUUAACCCUUUGUCGAGUCCAAGGAACCAUCAGUUACGACACGGAAGAUCUCCCCAAUCUCAACGGCUCCAACACCCUCACCUGGCAAUUGUAUCUGCCAAUAACGUUUAAAUAUAAUGGCCGGUUUAUCGUAGUCGGAAACGGUGGAUAUGCCGGUGACAUCGACGAUGCGUCGAUGAUGACCCAACUCAACCUCGGAUACGCCGUCGCCGGAUGUGACAGUGGCCAUUCCCUCGCUUCCAGUGGAAACAGCACGUAUGCCCCAUUCUUGGCCAACGUUGGAGAAGUGAAAUCCUGGAUCCAUAACUCUAUCGCAAUGACUACGGAGAUCACUCGAGCCCUGACCACUGAAUACUACAACAAAAGCCCUAAAUUCAGCUAUUACCAUGGAUGCUCAACUGGCGGUGCACAAGGCUAUGCAUUGGCCCAGUUUCACCCGGAAAUAUUCGAUGGGAUCUAUGCUGGAAGUCCUGGAAAUUGGUAUACCCACCUGAUUCUCAGUUUCCUCUGGAACGGACUGAAGUCACAAGGGAGCGGAUACAUGAAUCAGGAUGUCUUGAAAUUUAUCACCAACCGCGUGCUUUCCGCGUGUGAUUCUCUUGAUGGGGCCGUCGACGGGCUGAUUGAGAAUCCCCUGCUCUGUAAUUUCGAUAUCACUCAACUUGAAUGUGCAUCCCACCAUAUUCCAAGAACUGCCAGUGGGGCAGUGGUAUGUCUCACUUCCGAGCAAGUUCAAACAGCCCAAGCAAUGUAUGACGGACCUAGAAACACUAUCACUGGCGAAGAAAUAUAUCCAGGGUUCAGCUUUGGCUCGGAAAGCAGUUGGCGCGACUUGGAAACGACUUUGUAUAAGACCUAUUCCACGCUCAUACUGGAGGAACUUGUCUUCCAUGAUAUGGCCUACAAUAUCUCAAACUUCAACUGGGACUCAGAUGUCUCCAAAGUCGACAAGACCGCAUCACCUUUGAUAGAUGCAAUCUCCCCAGACCUAUCCAGCUUCCGGAACAGAGGAGGCAAAUUGAUCACCACGCAGGGCUGGGCAGAUGAGUUCAACGCGGCUCUUUGGCCCAUCCAACACCUUCAAAGGAUUCAAGUCGCUAUGAGUGGAGUCAAUGUCGCCGAUUUCGUGGAGGUGUUCAUGGUCCCCGGAGGCGGACAUUGCGGCGCGAAUCCUAUAUAUCCCCAUGUGCCAGGCACAUAUCAGGUUCUGGAUGUGCUAGUCCUGUGGGUUGAGCAUGGGAUUCGUCCGAGUCAGAUGUUGAGCACCACUCCUCCAGAUGGGACUGAUCCUACACGUAAGCUUUGUCCAUGGCCGGAAAAUGCGCGAUAUAUACAGGGAGAUGUCGAUGAUUGGACGUCUUAUAGUUGCGCUUAG